UAAGGGGGAGACUAGAGAGAGAGAGAGACAGAGGAAUGUGUUUGAAGCAGAGAAAAGAUGGGUUCAAGAUAGAUUUAGGUCUACCUACUGGUGGUUAGAGAUUGAACACCAUAACAAGAGCAAAACCAAUAUCUCCAACAACAACCGAAGCUGGAACUGGAAGAAGAGGAGGAGAGGAAAGAAAAACGAAAAAGUGAAGAGGGAAAGAUAGAGAAAGUUGGCAGAAGUUUUCAUUUUGGGAUGAUCUAUUGAGUUCUGUGAGAACCUUUAAAAGAGGUUUUCAUGGAGAGAGAGUUGAGAGAAGGGAUUCCUCUCACGUGGGAUGAUGGAAUGAUGGAUGGAGAAAACAUAUGAAAUAAAAAGAAAAGAAAAGAAAAAGUGUGAGCGUAUGACUGUUUCUGUAGCUGUAGCUGUAGCUGCUGCUGUUUGUUAUUUUUUUUUAACAAAAGAAAAAAUCUUUUAAAGAAGUGUUUGUGUUUUUUUAUUUUUGUAUUUGUUCGAUGAAAAGGGUCACUGUUUUGAAUCUUGGGAUUGGUUUGUCUCCGUUUUGGGGAUGAUUGUAUCAGCGGAUCCGGUGUGCUUUCCAGCUUUUCUGUUCCCCACGAAAGACACAGAAGUCUCGGGUUUUCAGGUGAAAACAUGAACGUGUUGUAAGAAUUCGUGAUUGAAUUUCAGAAGCUACAGGAGAUUUUUGUGAUAUUCUAAGGCUUGUUAUUACCUGGUCACUGUUCUUCCCGGAGGAGGCUGGUGAUGUUUUAUCUUUCGGGAAGGAUUAAGCAUGGCAACUUAUUUCCCCGGUUCCAGCAACCAAAGAGAAGGCAUGCCAACCCUAUAUGCAAGGGACCCUGUAACAACUACUUCAUAUGCUGAGGCAUCAGUUCUUCCUGGAAAUAUGAUGAUGUAUCUGAACUACUCAGAAUCCCUGGCUGGAAAUUCUCAGCCUCAGCAGAAUUGCGUGGAGCUACCUUCCGUAGGGACAUCAGGGUCUACUGCCACACAGCAAGGUUCCUUCUCAAAUCUUAUGAGUUCUCAUCUUGGUGAUCAACAACAACAGUUUGGUGUGUGGAGGGACGGCAGAAAUGAGAUGAUGUUCAUGCGGCCGGCUGGUGGCUCCACUAGCAUGCAAUCGCUUGGUGAGGAUUCCCAGGUGGGUCUGCAGACACAACUUGGGAUUCUACAUGGUGGACAGAAUUUACAGGGACAAGGGUUAUCCCUCAGCCUUAGCACACAGAUCCCUUCCACCAUUCCUGUGCCUCCAUUUCAGUACCGGAACUCCAACCCAGGUUUCUCUUCACUCUUGAAUUCCUCCCAUCCGUCUAUGUCAGGGGAUGGUGGUAGCGGGACCAGCUCAUCUAAAGAUGAUGAAAGCUCUCAAGGUAAACAACAGUUGAGGGAUGCUGAAUACUUGCCGCCUGGUUUUUCUGGAGCAAAUCGUGAUGAUAUCAAAGGGGAGGCAUUGAAUAAUUUCCAGUACUCAAUGGGUCCCAAACUGAUGCAUUCUGAUCCAUCCCCCUAUGGAUUGACGGGUCUUGCAAACACCAUUCCCAACUCCAAAUACCUCAAAGCAGUGCAACAACUGCUUGAUGAAGUUGUCAAUGUUCACAAGGCUUUGAAACAAUCGGAAUCUGACAAACACCAAAAAUUCCAUGGUUCUGGUUUAAAAGAUCCCAAAGAGACUGAAGGAGAAUCAAAUGAUGGCACUCAAUUGCUUACUACCUCUGGGACCUCUUCGAAACCUCAGGAGUCUGGUACCAACAAUGCUGAGCUUUCACCUGCUGAAAGACAGGAUUUGCAGAAUAAGAUGACAAAGCUUUUGUCCAUGUUGGAUGAGGUUGAUAGAAGAUACAAGCAGUAUUAUUAUCAGAUGCAGAUUGUGGUAUCAUCUUUUGACGUGAUAGCAGGAUGUGGUGCUGCUAAACCUUAUACAGCACUGGCCCUGCAGACUAUCUCCCGUCACUUUCGGUGUUUGCAUGAUGCAAUCAGUGGACAGAUUCAAGCCACACGAAAGAGCCUUGGUGAGCAAGAUUCUUCAGCAAAUAGCAAGGGGGUUGGAAUCUCUCGACUGCGUUAUGUGGACCACCAGCUCAAGCAGCAGAGGGCUCUUCAGCAGCUUGGUAUGAUGCAGCAACAUGCUUGGAGGCCACAGAGAGGGCUCCCUGAGAGCUCCGUUUCCAUUCUUCGUGCUUGGUUGUUUGAGCACUUCCUUCAUCCGUACCCAAAGGAUUCUGAUAAAAUUUUGCUAGCUCGGCAGACAGGCUUAACUAGAAGUCAGGUCUCGAAUUGGUUUAUAAAUGCACGGGUUCGACUUUGGAAGCCCAUGGUUGAGGAAAUGUAUAAAGAAGAGACUGGUGACACUGAAAUCAAUUCAAAUUCAUCAUCUGAAAAUGCACCAAAAGUAGUGAGGGACGAUAACGAGGCACCGGAGGAUAAGGGGGAGGAUUUUCAGCAAACUGUGAAAUCUGCAGCGACUGACAGAUGCCACCCCGAAACAUUUCACGACUCAAAAUCCAAUCUUGUCCCUGAUAUAGAAAUGUCUGGACCAGAAGCAGAAGCUGCCUUUCAGGAUGAUACCCAUAAAGGAGAUGAUGAUACUGAUUAUGGGGGGAUGAAAUUAAGGGAAGAUCAAAGACCCAGUUUAGAUGAUUGUAGCCUUUUUCAGGAUGCACUUGUUCAGUCUGACAGGAGUGGUGGUGUGAGGUUCAUGGGUGCUUCUGCUGCGUAUGAGAUGGCCGAGUUGGGGAGGUUUGGCAGCAGCAGUGGGGUGUCACUCACUUUGGGGUUGCAGCACUGUGAUGGAAGUGGCCUACCCAUGUCGGGUGGCACCCCUCACAACUUUAUCACAUUGAGAGGUGAUGAAAUGUACAACGCAGUAGCUACUUCUGGGGGCCCUGACACGGCUGAUUAUGAACGACACAGGUUUAGUUCCUCACAUUUAUUCCAUGAUUUUGUGGCGUGAUGUGAUGCUUGCUUUGCAGAUCCAUGAUUAAAACCUGGCUCUUCUCAUGGAGGGGGAAGAAACAAUAAAAUUAUCAAUAAUAAUGUUAGCCCAUGGGCUAUCCUUUUGGUAUAUCUUUCAUCCUGCUAGCAAACUGUUAAAGAAUGAUUUCAUCAAAAAAACUGCUGAAGAAUGAAACUUGGUAGUAUAGAAACAUGGUUAUGACAAAACACAGUUGUAGUAUAGUAAGAGAUUGGUGGGGAGAUAGCAUAUUUGUAAAGAUAUGAUGCAUUUUUUUUUCUCUUUUGUGUAUUCUGUUGAAGAAGGAACUUUGUACAAUUAUUUCAGCUGUAAUUGAAGAGUAGGGAUUAAUCUCAUUCGGAUGGGAUGGAACUUUUGCUCAUCAAAAUGCUGUUUACUAUCCUGAUGGUUAUUAUAGCAGUUCUCUUUCUUUUUCA